AAAUGCAUUUACUUAUUGUGCUCUUUUGUAGAAUAUUGUCUUCAAAGAUAAAGACCCAGACUGCCACAAUGGUUCCGAGAAAGAGGAGGAACCUUUGCUCCGAGAAAACCCCAGACGGUUUGUCGUCUUCCCCAUCCAGUACCCGGACAUCUGGAGGAUGUACAAGCAGGCACAGGCUUCUUACUGGACGGUGGAGGAGGUUGAUCUAUCCAAAGACUUGACGCACUGGGACAGUUUGAAACCUGAGGAGAGACACUUCAUCUCCCACAUCCUAGCCUUCUUUGCUGCAAGUGAUGGUAUCGUCAAUGAGAACCUGGUGCAGAGGUUCUGCCAGGAGGUGCAGGUCCCUGAAGCACGCUCGUUCUACAGCUUCCAGAUACUUAUAGAGACUAUUCAUUCAGAGAUGUACAGCCUGCUCAUCAACACUUACAUCCAGGACCUGAAGGAGAGGGACUACUUAUUUAAUGCCAUUCAGACCAUGCCUUCUGUGAGACGAAAAGCAGACUGGGCCCUCCAGUGGAUAAAUGACAGCAAAUCCACAUUUGGGGAGCGAAUUGUGGCUUUCGCGGCAGUGGAGGGCAUCUUCUUCUCCGGCUCAUUCGCUGCCAUCUUUUGGCUCAAGAAGAGAGGACUAAUGCCUGGCCUUACCUACUCCAACGAGCUGAUUAGUCGGGAUGAGGGCUUGCACUGUAACUUCGCCUGCCUGCUGUACAGCUACCUGGUGAAUAAGCCAUCCGAGGACCGAGUGAAGGACAUCAUCACCAAAGCUGUCAGCAUUGAGCAGGAGUUUUUGACAGAGGCCUUGCCAGUGAACCUCAUUGGAAUCAACUGUAGUCUGAUGAAGCAGUACAUCGAGUUUGUGGCCGAUCGGCUUCUUGCUGACCUUGGACUGGCCAAGGUAUACCAAGCUGAAAAUCCAUUUGACUUCAUGGAGUCCAUUUCACUAGAGGGGAAAACCAACUUCUUUGAGAAGCGAGUAGCGGAGUAUCAGAAAUUUGGAGUCAUGUCAAGCAUGACGGACGAUGAAUUCACACUGGAUGCAGACUUCUGACGCUGACGGGAGAUGACGUUCUGUUACACAUCUGUUACAUUUGACCUGUUGAGCUGCUCUCUUCCAGCAGACAUGUGCACCUGUUGGGCAAUAGGGAUUGAGAUUUAUACACUUGGGAGUUAAUUAGCAGCCAAAAUAGUUUGCAGAGUGAAAUAGGGUAAACAAAUGGAACCUUUAAGCCCUGCUUAGGGCUACUUGUAAUUACCUCAACACACUACAAGGCAAGUUUAUGACCUGAGUUUUAAAAUAUGGGGGUGAGGUGAUGGGACUGAUUAUUCUGUACCUCUUCGGACAUUUAAAUUUGAAUGAAUAUAUUUUAUUGCGGCUGCAAUUCUGGUGGCAGUCCUCUAUGGUGGUUUGUUUUAACAUUUUGACAUUUUUAAUGUACAAUAAAAUGUUUUGUAAAAUGAAAA